CUGUGGUGUGGUAGUAUCUGUGGUUAAUCUGAAUUUUAACCGUUUUGUAUUAAAAAAACUGCCAAAGCCCAAAAUAAAAUUAUUUUUGUGCCAUGCCUUGACAUGCUGUUUAAUUGUACAUGUACAUAAAUUUAGAGAAAAAAUAAACAAAUAUUAAGUGACAAGAUAACAAAAAACACGUGCGAGCGGAUUAAAUUAAACACCACGUUAUUUGAUAAUAUUAACUUGGCCAAAAAACACAAGAAAGGAAACAGAAAGUAAAGUGACAAUAAUUCUUCAGAAUGAGUUUAGACGAAGUGGACACUGACGAAUACACCGUCACGGCCCUUCAGAUAUUUCAGUACUGUGGUGCGGACGCCGGCAGUACUUUGCGCGUUGAUUCUUUGAUGGACCAGUUCGCGCCUUUCGUGAGAACCAACAAGGCAGAGUACAGCUAUCUUAAAUCUCUUCUGGACCCCGAGCAGACCAAUCCAGAGAUCACUGUGUCCAUGUUAGCGGCCAGUCUCAACAAGUACAGUGAGAGUCAGAAGAUCAAAUUUGACUUAGAGGAGAGUUUCAAUAACAAAAGUGGACUGGUACCACAUGACUCGGAUUCUGGCAUUUCUACUGAUGGUUUUCAACUGCUGGAAGAGUUGCAAUGUGAGCUGCGCGAAAAGUCCCGUUUGGCGCAGCAGCUGCGGACUCAGCUGGACUACACCGACCGUCACCACGAGGAAGCUCUGGCCACGGUCACCGCCGAGAGGGACUCGUUACGAGCUCAUCUCAACAUGUUGCGAGACGAGAACAUGACUCUGGCGCACGUGCGGCGCGACUACGAGGACGUGUGCGAGAGGCUCGGCGGCAGCGAGCAGGCGCUGGUCGAGGCGCGCCGCGAGCUGGAGCACACGCGCCGCCGCGCCAGGGUGCUGACGGAGCAGGUCACGCUGUUGGAGACUGAGAAAUUGAACCUGCAAGAGCUGCUGUCGAAGUCCAAGGACGAGUGCCACCGCAUCAACGACAUGUACGCAAGCCGCCAGUCCUCGCUGCUGGAGGAGAACGAGACGCUGCGCACCGAGCACGCCGACCUCUCCUCGCGCAUGCGGGACCAGGAGGAGUUCAUGCAGCAGAUCAUCAAGGAGAAGGUGAUUCUGGAAAUGGAGGUCAAGGACAUGCUAAACAAGUCCAACCACACCCACCACCACAUGGAGCAGUCCAUCGACGUGAGCUACACCGAGGACCAAAUGUUGACAGCACUCGAUAGCCUCAACGCUGACAGCAGAUUUCCACAAGAGAGCCGCCUGCUAGAUGAGGAAUCGUUCGUAAAAGCUCUAAAAGAAGACCAAGGUCGACCUACUAACAUGUCCCUGUUUGAUGAAAUACGUCUGAGCUUCUGUAACAUGUCCAGAAAUAAUAUGUCAGACUUCAAUUGCACGCAACCCUUAGAAAACCAUGUCCUUGAUGAUUUUGUAACAAUUUCCACUCAAACCGACGAUAAACUUUAUUACGUAAAUAAAAAUGAAAUGUUCAAAGAAUGCAGUUGUCAUACUGCUACAGAUUCAAAUACUGUGAACACUGCAACACAAACAAUUGGAAAUAAUAUUAGAGACACUGAAAGUUCAAGUACAGAAAAUAAUCUAAACAAUAUAUUACCAGUACACAAAAUCGAUAAUAAUGCAAAAGACAGAGAUAUUCUUUUGAAAGAAAGUCAUGUGAAUGAAAACAAUUUUAAAAAUAAAGAAAUAAUAAUGGCGAUGAAGAUUAACAAAGAUAUUAAAUGCAACAAUAUAUUACCGUUAGACACACAAAUUAAUGAAUUCAAUUCCAUAAGCAAUGGGAAGCGUAAUGUAAUUUUAUUCGAAUCGAAAAUUAAUAAAACUAAAACACACAGUCAGCAAUAUUUGAAAAAAGAUACAAAUGGAGACAUAUUCAGAGAUACUCAUAAAAAAUAUCAUCUAUUUCUCAAAAAUCAUAAACAGAUUAGAUCGUUUUCAGCUCCAAACGUAGGUAUAAUCAAAAGAGGACCUCCUUAUUUGGAAUUUAAAGAUGAUAAUCGAAAAAUAGAUACAAAAGAUCAGGCAACAAAUACAUCUACACAACUAUUUGAAGUUUUUAAAGAUAUAGAAGUAAUGAAUGUCGGAACACAGACAGAAGUGUACGAACUUGUUGCAAAUAAUAAUAACGUUGAAGUUUGCUUCGAUUGCACCAAAUGUAUUGAAUGCGAAAGAUUGAAAAUGAACGUUGUUAAAUUGGAGAACGAUAUUAGCUACGGUAAAUUGACUAUCACAGAUAUGAAUGCAAAAUUAGAUCAGUACGAAGAUAAUCUUGACAAUUUAUCGAAAUUUGUAGACGAAGGCAAUGAAAAGAAUAAUUACUUGAAGGCUGUGGCAGACAGUCUGCAAGCCAAACUUAGUUUACUGCAGGGUGCGUGCGUCAAACAAGGGAAUAAGAUUGAACGACUGCUUUGUGAUACUUGCGCCGCUGAAGUUCAAACUGAAAGUGAAGUAACUUCAGUAUCAACUCAGGCCGAGGAGCCGUGUGCUGACUGCAUAAAACGCAAUGUUCCUCGCCGCGGCAUCAGGAGAUAUUUAUGGGAGCCUCUAAAGAGUCUCUUCCAGCUGUUUGCAGUGCUCUGCUUCAUGCUGGCUCUCUGGUUGCUGUAUGGAGUGACCCGGCGCUGGCGCUCGUGCCGCGACCCGCUGCCCUGGGGCUGGCUGCAGCCCGCAGACCUGCUCGACCUGUUCCUCACCAUCGAGUAUGUCUCGGAUGUGCCAAUGUGACUCCAGUGAAGUGACCAGUUGUCUCUGACAUUCCAAUGUGAAUCCAGUGAAGUGACCAGUUGUCAUGGAUAUGCCAAUGUGACUCCAGUGAAGUGACCAGUGACUUGUGAUUGUGUGUGCGACUUAAGGAAUGAUUGCUUCAUUCAUAAACAAUUUGUGUAUUGAUUAUUUUACGACAAGAAAUACAAGAUGUAAAGAGGUUCGGAGAUUUGUAUCCUAUGACCGGCCGCCAUUUUAUGAAACUCAUCUAAAAUUGAUGGUAAAAAAGAAACGGUUGUCUUUACAACGGUAAAGUUGUUUUACUGAUAAUAGCUGAAUGUGACAACGUCAUAAGAAAAUACUGAUGGAAUGGUCGCAUUUUUCGAAAGAAAAUGUUAAUUUUACUAAAAUACUGUUUAAUAAUCUUCAUAAAACAUAAAAGUUUGGAAAAGUUGGCAACCCUAGAGCGAGGGAACGACGCAUGACGUAAUUUUUUUGAGUCCGCAGCCAGCUCCAUCGAAUUAUAAGACGUUGUCACAUCAAAAAUAUAAUAUGUUAUUUUGUGAGACACCAACAAUUUAUACUAAACUAACUCGUAAAGUGAACUUUAUAGUAGUGGCUUUUAUAGGGAAAUGUGUCACCUUCAUCUGUAACUAUCUAUCAUAGUUAAUCAAAUAUGAUGGUCAAAUAGUUCACAUUAUGUCAUUCAAAAUAAUAAUAACUAUGAUAUUUAUUAGAAAUGUCUUUAGGGUUUUUUAGUUUUUUUUUAGAAAAUGUCUUAGUUAUAUUUUAUUUUUUUAUAGUGUAAGCACAAACUUUGCUUCGCUUUGUGUAACGCCGCGCUCAACUUUUGAUUGUUAUUGGCUUUGCCUGAGUCACUGGACUCGAAGAAGGAAGAGAUCCGUGGUUCCAACAUGAAGUGACUCGCUAUACGACUCAAAUUACUUCAGGAUUUCGUUGAAGUGUUGAAGGGAGUAGAAGCAAUAGUUGUUUUUUUUUUUUUUAUUAUUUCCCAAUACUUGUUUAAAAAACAUGCAACUUUAUGUUGGUAAAGAUCAAAAUGGCGGCUGUUGAUUGGCCUGUACAAAACCCUUUGAACUGCUUUAUUUAUAUUCUGAAAAAAAAAAAUUAACUUAUGAUGUGGUGCUGUAUCAGAUAGUUUUAAAAUUAAUAAUGAGUAUUUACUCAAUGCCUACAUAUAGCAGAUAAUGGCGAAUAUUAUUUUAGCUUGUUUUUUUUUAAUUCCGCGCUGGUUGUGUAUCGUUUUUUAUUUCUUUGUGUUAUAUUGUAUGGUUUUAUUUGAUUUUUCACUACAACCUCCCUCACCUAUUAAUGUUGACUUCUGAUAUCUAUUACACUAGUACACUGGAGUGGUUGUUACAAUCCUCAGACUAAUUAAAUAAGGACUAGUAUUGCACCCAGAUUGACAAACAAAAUAAUUGUUUGUCAUUUUCUGAGGAAAAGAAGCUUAAAUUUGGUAUGUCUUAUGCUUAACUUUUUUUGGAGAUUUUGCACGUUUUUCACACCAUUCAACUCCACAAGGUAUUUUAUUACAGAACUUUUUAACCAUAGGAACACAAUUACAACUAUGAAACAUUGUUUCUACAGAUACAGUUUUUUUAAUUACAGUAGAUCGUUGAUCAUAAGUAUAUAUACUUUGACAGAAAAGUAAAGUCUAGUUAGGCAGGUACUUAUAUAAUUAGUCUGAGUUAAAAACAGUCGCACAAGUGAUUCAAAUACCUUGCUGGCAUAGAGGCCAGCUUUGUUUUUUCUUGCUAAGUAACUUAAGCAUGAAUAUCAUAUCAUAAAUUAAUAACAGGCCAUAUACCAACUUACUUCAGUCAUUGUGGAAUUGACUUGACUGUUUUUGGUAAAUAAUAUAAUUUUUUUUCUGUUUCUAUAAUCAUAUAGAUAUGAUAGAAGUACAAGUACAUAGUUUUCUUUUUAUUUUAUUUUAUUUUUAAUUAACCGACUUCCAAAAAGGAGGAGGUUCUACGUUCGGCUGUAUGUAUGUUUUUUUUUUUUUUUUUUUUUUUUUAUGUAUGUCCAGCGAUAAUUCCGUCAAUUAUGGACCGAUUUUGAAAAUUCUUUUUUUGUUUUGAAGGGUUUACUUUCAGGGUGGUCCCAUUUUUUUCAUGUCAGGAUCUGAUGAUGGCAUCCUGGAGAAAUUGAGGGGAACUUUUGAAAGUUGUAGAGACGGCUAGUGCGUUUGUUAGUGUUUCCAUAAGGUAUUUUAAACCACUACAACUUUAUGAAGGUUUGGAGUUGGUCUGAUGAUGGAGCCGAAACGCAGCCGAUGGAACUCGUCAAGGAUUUACAGCAGUCACCUUUUGUUUGGGCUUGAUUAAUUUGUAUUGAUGAGUACUUUGCACCUAUAUGUGUUGUGACUGUAUUAAGGGUCUGGUGAUGAAGACGAGGGACAGUGAAGAGAACUCCUCGACGGUUCACAGUAGCUACCUUGUGUUUGGACUUGAUAAAUUUGUAUUGAUGAGAACUUUCCACCUAGAUGGAUUGUGACUGUAUGAAGGGUCUGGUGAUGAAGACGAGGGACAGUGAAGAGAACUCCUCGACGGUUCACAGUAGCUACCUUGUGUUUGGACUUGAUAAAUUUGUAUUGAUGAGAACUUUCCACCUAGAUGGAUUGUAACUGUAUUAAGGGUCUGGUGAUGAAGACGAGGGACAGUGAAGAGAACUCCUCGACGGUUCACAGUAGCUACCUUGUGUUUGGACUUGAUAAAUUUGUAUUGAUGAGAACUUUCCACCUAGAUGGAUUGUUCCCUUCAUACAGUCACAAUCCAUCUAGGUGGAAAGUUCUCAUCAAUACAAAUUUCCCUCGUCUUCAUCACCAGACCCUUCAUACAGUCCUGGUGAUGAAGACGAGGGACAGUGAAGAGAACUCCUCGACGGUUCACAGUAGCUACCUUGUGUUUGGACUCGAUAAAUUUGUAUUGAUGAGAACUUUCCACCUAGAUAGAUUGUGACUGUAUUAAGGGUCUGGUGCUGAAGACGAAGCACAGUGAAGAGAACUCCUCGACGGCUCACAGUAGCUACCUUGUGUUUGGACUUGAUAAUUUUGUAUUAUUAAGAACUUUCCACUUAGAUAGGUUGUGACUGUACACACGCAGUAGGUAUGCUAACACUAAAAAUAAAAAAAUAAAAAUUUUAAUAAAAAAAAUUCAACCGACUUCCAACUCUAAAAAUAACUUUAACUAAAAAGCAAAAAAUAACAUCCUAUGUGCUACCUUCUGAUCAGUUUGAAGGCGGUGCCAAGCCAGUGUCGUGUUUUAAUUAAAGCUGUUUCUGAAAGAACCACAUAAAUUUUGUAGUUUAAACGUGUUUAAUUAAAACAUCACUGGCUUGGCACCGCCUUCAAACUGAUCAGAAGGUAGCACAUAGGAUGUUAUUUUUUGCUUUUUAGUUAAAGUUAUUUUUAGAGUUGGAAGUCGGUUGAAUUUUUUUUAUUAAAAUUUUUAUAUCUUAUCUAUAAUACAAUUACUAUAAUAAUAAUAAGGUGAUUCCAACAAUAAUGUUCUUGAAAUUAUUAAUAUAUUACCCUUAUUUUUAUGAAAAAUUAAAAAUAAAGCUGUAAUGAUUUAUUGUAUUAAUUUACAAUAAACUAAAUCACCAUUAUUUUACUUAUUACUUUAAAAUGAAUCUUUUAAUUUUUCUUAUCUUAAUGUUUUACUUUCAAAAAUUUUAUUUUCUACUAAAUGUAGAUCUGUCUUCCUAGUUUUUGUGAUGUUUAAUUAGUUUUAGUUGAUAUAAGUUAGUUUUUCAUCAACAUGCAUGCCAAUGAGUAAAAUUUACCUACAUGUACAAUUAGUUUUUAAGAAUGUAUAGAAUAGGCUAGUUGACAUUUUUUUAAAUGGUCUUAAAUUUAUCAUUAUUUUCCUACUAGAUUGAAUUAAAAAAAAUAUCAUAUUUUUUUCGAGACAUGAAUACAUAAAAAUUUCAAUUUUUAAAUAUUUCUUUGACAACACGAGCCAAAAUGCUGUCAGCCAUGAUGGUAAUUUAUAUUUCAUGACGUCACGUAAACACUAAACCUUAACCAAAAAAAUAUUAAUUAUUUUAUUUAGUUUGACGUUUAUUCCUUUAGUGACAUCAAGUAACAUUGUGACGUCACAAAAUGGACGAUAGCGUUUUUGACGUUUGGAAAAUUAAUAUUGUGUAUAUUGAAUUUGCUCUAUGUGGUUGCCCCUCACGAUUACGACUUCAUACAAGUUAAUUUGUCACGCGCACCAUCUUACAAUGAACAAACAAUAAUAUAACAUGAACAAUGAUCAAUGGAAACAGUGGUUUUUUUGUUCAAUUAAUGUUAAUUUGUUUGGACAUGCCAGAGUGCUUAGUAGUAGGGCCUAGGUUUGUUACCCAGUUCAUUGAAGUCAAUUUAGAAUUUUCAAAAUUAGAUAAGAGAAGUUAACUUCUUACCAACAAAGGUGUGUGGCCUAACAAUUUAUUGUUCGGAUGCCACAUCGAAAUCAGUCAGAUAGUAGAAUAAUAAAUUUCAAUUCAUUUUUAUUAAAUUCUUGAAUAAACUUGUACGUCUUCUAAGUUAAGUGCUACCAUGCCAUGCAUAUGUCACCUUAAAAUUGUAAAUACAUACAUUUAGAUUCUAUCUAUCUCGCAAGAUUGUGAACUGUCAAAUUAUUGUGAACCGCAAACAUACUGCUUACAAUUCAACAUUAUUAUUCGGUAGAUUGUAAGGAGGAACAUACUAAUAUGUACAAAAAAAAAAAAAACCUAACCAUGGAUUUCUGAACCACUCAAGUUGCGGUUCACAAUCUCGCGAGAUAGAUUUUGUCUAAGGGUUUUUACAAUUCUAUGUCACAUACAUCACAAGAUGACUCAAUAGAUGAAAAAGUUUGGAUGUUACAAUUUUUAACUGAGUUGAUAAAAGGAGAUUGUGUGUUUGAUUGUAUAAUGAUUUCUCAUUCAUUUUUGGAUCUAUUCUAUUAUCUCUAUAUCUAUUUUGUGUGUCGGUGUAUAAUCCUGAAGUGGUCCCAAAUAUAAUUUGUAGUUAUGAUUGACAGACUGACUGAUUGAUUGAUUUACAAAAAGCCCCAAUUGUUACGUUUAGAAAACUGAAAUUUGUAUUAAUAAAGUUUAAUAAUUAAUAAAUGUAUAAACAUAAUAUUAGGAUCAAGUAUUAUUGCUACUUGAAUGAAUAUUCUCUGAUUUUUUUGCUAUAUUUAUAGUGGUUAGCGAAUCUAAUAUUAUCAACCACAUAUACAAAUAUUACUGUUUAUAUUAGGUAUGAUGUAGGUUUUAUAGAAUUGUUGUUCAAUUUUAUCCCAAUGUGGUUUUUCUAUUCUAAAAUUCAUUACUUACAAGUACGCCUUAAUUAGAAAUUUAUUCUGUGAUAUAUUCCUCAGUGCCACUGUUUUAAUUUUAGGAUUAUCAGUAAAAAUUGCUUCUAGUUAUACAGGGUGUUGCGGGAGUAUUUCCCAUAACUUCAAGGUGUUGACAAGUCUACUUAUUAUAGAAGCCGAACUGCAUAACUAAUUUUUCUAAAAAAAAAAUUUUUAUAUUUUCAUACAGUCUUUCAAAUAAUUCCGACUAGCCUUGUAACACACGCCUUUAUCUAUCCUUUCAUUUUAAAAUACGUAAUCGUAGUGGUAAGACUGUCGAUAUAGACGAGAUAUUGCAACUGGCACUCUGCACUUCACUAGUAAGCGGCUUCAUGAUAUUUAUCAAUGAAUAAGAUUGGCUAGGUCAUAAUAUAAGGGACACAGUUUAAAAAUAUUCAUUUUAGAAUACAUGUUCCAUAAACAUUUUUAAUUAAUUUUCCUUAAAGAAUAUACUUAACCCUAGAGUUAUGGGAAAUACUCCCGAGCAUCCUGUAUAUCGUGCAGUAAUGACAGGUGUACACUGAUCCGCGUCGGACGCAUCGUAUCAAAUGGGUUUUAGUAUUAUUUAUAUCGAAAGU